AGGGGGCUGCGGAGCGCCGGCCAGUGCUGGUGGCUGUUUUGUGCUGCUGUCACUAUGCAGCGGUUGCUCCUUCCGCCCUUGAAAACCUUGAUGGGGAGCCGGAGUGUCCGGCUUCUGGUUCCUAGGGCGGCGCCUAGAACACAGUGUGGUUGCAGCUGUGUCAUCCGGCGCCCUCUGAGGCCAGGGCAGUACAGCACCAUCUCUGAAGUGGCUUUGCAAUCUGGAAGGGAAACAGUGUCCCUUCCCUCAAAGGCUGCUGAGCGGGUGGUGGGCCGAUGGCUCCUGGUCUGCAGUGGAACGGUGGCUGGAGCAGUUAUUCUUGGUGGAGUAACUAGGCUGACAGAGUCUGGCCUCUCAAUGGUAGACUGGCAUUUAAUAAAGGAGAUGAAGCCACCUACAAGCCAAGAGGAAUGGGAAACUGAAUUCCAAAAAUACCAGCAAUUUCCAGAAUUUAAAAUCUUGAAUCACAACAUGACGCUGGCAGAAUUCAAGUUCAUCUGGUACAUGGAAUACUCACACCGGAUGUGGGGUCGAGUUGUAGGCCUGGCAUACAUCCUACCUGCUGCUUACUUUUGGAGAAAGGGCUGGCUUAACCGUGGUAUGAAAGGACGUGUUCUUGCCCUCUGUGCCUUAGUCUGCUUUCAGGGUCUGUUGGGAUGGUACAUGGUGAAAAGUGGAUUAGAAGAGAAACCGAACUCUUAUGAUAUCCCUCGGGUCAGUCAGUACCGCCUUGCUGCCCACCUGGGAUCAGCCCUUGUUCUUUAUUGUGCCAGUCUGUGGACCUCGCUGUCACUGCUGCUCCCUCAGCACAAGUUGCCUGAAACCCGCCAGCUCCUGUGGUUGAGACGUUUUGCUCAUGGAACAGCAGGUCUCGUGUUCCUUACAGCUCUCUCAGGGGCUUUCGUGGCAGGGCUAGAUGCUGGACUUGUUUAUAACUCCUUCCCCAAAAUGGGAGAGUCCUGGAUCCCGGAGGACCUCUUUACCUUCUCCCCCAUGCUGAAGAAUGUUUUCGAGAAUCCCACUAUGGUACAAUUUGAUCACCGGGUUCUGGGAAUCACUUCAGUCACUGCCAUUACAGCACUCUACUUCCUCUCCCGAAGGAUCCCCCUUCCUCGAAGGACCAAGAUGGCAGCAGUGACUCUGCUGGCUUUGGCAUAUAUACAGGCAGGCUUGGGCAUCAGCACUCUGCUCAUGUAUGUUCCAACUCCUUUGGCUGCCACUCACCAGUCGGGCUCCUUGGCUCUGCUUAGUGGUGCCCUUUGGCUCAUGAAUGAACUCCGAAGAGUCCCAAAAUAAUUCUCAGAAGAUCAGCUUCCUAGGACUAAAACUACUUGUGAGAGUUCAUCAGAGAGCACAGAACUUGGCUUUUCUACAAGGAUGACCUUGGAUGCCAAAUGGUUUCCAAAUUGGUCAUCGAAAACUCUGCCUGUUUUGAGACAGUCACUGGAUCAAGAAUGUCAUUAAGUAUGAUUGCACCAAAGGUUCCUUUUAAACCUUCCUUUCAUGUUGAAAAGCAGGUCAAUCAUAUAGAGAGAAAUGUCUGCCACUUGUGGCUUCUUAACAGGCUAUGUCUGUUUUCUCAGUUUUGGUGCGCUUUUGGUUAUACGUGCUUAAUUUCUGUGUCCUUGUGCUCCAAUGUCCUACCUUCUGAGGUCAGGCUGGUGGAGACAGGUAUCCCAGUAGUUAAACCACUACCGAGUGCUGCCCUAUUGCUAAGGACCUGCAGUGUCAAAUGUGUUUUUACAAGAAGCCGCAUAUCUAGAUUUUUAUGUGAAAGUUUUUAGGUAAGUGUUGAAAUGUCAUUUUAAGUUUUUUAAAAAGUUAUGCAGGCUUAACAAGUUUGGGAGCCAUCCAUGACUUGAGGUUGGCAUUUGCAGUUUCUGAAGUAGAUGAUCUGUUACCUUUCAACUCUAAUAUUCUGAGUUUCAAUGUAACCUCUAUUGUACCAUUUUCAGGUGUUCUUAGCAGAACAAAGGUAGGCAGUUGUCUGACUUUGAAACUCCUGUAACCUCAUGAGCUUAAGCUAUUGCCUAGACUUGGUCCCCAACUUCUCUCCUAUUAGAAUCUUUUAAAAAUCUCAAAGCCCAAGCCUAAUCUAAGACCAAUUAAAUCACAUCUUCUGGGAGUUUUUAACUUCCCUUGUGAUUCCAAUGUGCAUACAAACUGGGGGACCACUGGCUUAGGUCCUCAUAGCCUAGUUACCGUAGGAAGUUCUUACUAGCUUAUUCCCAUUCCUUCUGAAUUUCCACCCUGCCCCCAUCUCAUUUAAUCUGCUGUGUUGAUCCUACUACUAUAGAUAUAUUUUUUUUUUGGGGGGGGCAGUGUACCAGGGAUUGAACUCAGGGGCACACAGCCACUGAGCCACAUCCCCAGCCCCAUUUUUUGUAUUUUUUAUUUAGAGACAGGGUCUCACUGAGUUGCAUACUGCCUCACCGUUGCUGAGGCUAGCUUUGAAGUCACAAACCACCUGCCUCAGCCUCCUCUGCUGGGAUUACAGGUGUGCACCAUUCACUGCACCUGGCUCCUAUUAGUAUAUUAACAGGGUAUUACCUCUUCUAGAUAGAAUUCUUUAAAGGGAACUUCAGUGACUGGCCUAGAUUCCCAUACAAUGAUUGGCAAACCCAGGCUUGUCCUUAAUAUUUGAGACAGCAGAAGACAGUAUGAUCCAACUCAAAGAACCAUAUACUAAUGCUUUUACAGUUCACUCCAAGAAAGUGACAACUCAGAAGUAGUUCAAAUCUUAGACGUUUUACUUCAUUUUUCUUUUAUUACAGAUGAUAAUUUGGAAAAACAUCUGGUAUCUAGCUGUAUAACUGCAUUGUGCUAUUUAUAAACAGAUUAUCUUGUU